CACCUGAUCUUUCAUUUCUUUCCAGUACUCGGAGCUCCAGCUUGGAACUCAGCAGAUGGGGGGUUAAGAUUGGUGCCCUGUCCUAUCUCCUCCCCUCUCCCUUCCUGACUUCAAAGUCUCCAUAAAGCCGGUCACUGCUUCCCUGACCCCAGAGUGGCAGCUCUAUCAUCAGCUCUUGGCCGUUUCAAAACAGCAGACGCUGAGCCCUGGCUAGGCUGCUCGCACCCCACUUUCCAGCCAUCUCCCAGGGUGCCUCCUUCUAGGACUGGGCUGAAGCCUCAGGAGACCCAGCUGCUAACAUCUGGGGGCGGGAUCAUGUCUAACAAAGGCUGGUGGGCACCACCCGAGGGCGAGGACAGCGUGUCUGAGAAGCUCCUGAGGAAGACCAGGGAGUCUCCGCUGGUGCCUGUAGGCUUAGGGGGCUGCCUGGUGGUGGCAGCAUACAGGAUCUACCGGCUGAAGGCUCGCGGUUCCACCAAGAUGUCUAUACACCUGAUUCACACCUGAGUGGCAGCGCAGGCCUGUGCUGUGGGUGCGAUCAUGCUGGGCGCUGUGUAUACAAUGUACAGAGACUACAGCAAGAGAGCAGCGCAGGACGCCGGGGAGAAGUAGGAUCCCUCCCUGCAGGGCCCGGGGCAGCUGGAAGCUCUUCCAUCAAGCCCUGGUAUGCACCUAAUAAAGUGGUUUUGAGGCAAA